AGUGGUGAAAAUUUUCUUCAGAGUGCAGUUCAGCUGAAUCCGUACGACGCGAGUGCUGCCUAGUUUUUCGCUUGCUAUCGGUGGAAAAUACAUCCGAUCCGGUGCGUGUGGGCUCGAUUCGCGUAGCCAGUGAUGUAACAGAUCCGCUGGGAGUGAAAUUUUGGCCGGAAACCGUACGUUCGGGGCGGAUUUUGUGGAUUGAAAAAUUCGAUUGAAGUGGCACCCCCCUCAGCGAGAAGAAUACUAGUAGGUAGCAGCGGCAGGAGGUGGAGGAAAAGCCUGCUUCUGCUGGUGAUGGAAGAGUAGUAGGUAGUUUCGAUAUAAUUUGCGUGAAUGGGACAAAAAUCAAUUCGGGGAAGCAGGAAGCAAAAAAAGCUCGAUAAAAUUGGGUGUGUUGGUGUUGGUCGCGGAGCAUAAAAAAUAAUAAAUUUUAAAGUUUGUUGUGUUUUUCUACGGCGACACGAAAGGAAGGAAGUUUGCCGUUCUGAUCUGAUUGAGUGAGAAGCUGGAAGGGAUCCAAAAUUGGAUUUAGGGGGAUCGCUUUAUGUUUUUUUGUGAAAGGGCCACCACCACAGGCAAUCCGGUUUUAUGCUCACAAAGAAGAUGCUGUGAUGGGAGAAAACUAACCGAAAGAAAAGCUGAAAAAGUGCACACGAAUAUGAUUAUUAUCUGGCUGGCUGGCCCUCGGUGUUUUGUGUAGUCGGUUGGAUCUCCGAUCGAAUGCCCCUUUGAGGAAGAAGCUAGCUGGUGGAUGCUGUUGCUGCUGGUGAAUGAUAGGUGUGAGAGCGGAUUGUGAAAAUUCAGCCUGAAAGAUACAUGCAAUUGUAUUCAGUAAAAGCCACCUUCUAACUCGUUGCUUUCGGUGAUUACUCAUGUUGCGGAAGAGUUCGGCGGCACCCGGGAUCACGUUUUAUGUGAGUGAAGAAACUGCAUCGUCGACGGCGGUGCAUUGAUGCAAGAGAAGAAAAAAAAAACUCCUACACGCGGCUGAUCAUCGGUGUUUUGCAUUCGAAGAGAAGACGACGGCGACGCACAUCGCCAAAAAAGGACUUGCUGCUGCUUCCAGCCGGACUGCCAUCCGGUCCUGCUGCUUGCUAGAUCUCUGCACAUUUUGCGAGACAGCGACUCUAACAGAAUCGACCAAAACCGAGAGGCAACUUCUGCAGCGCCAAAUCGACCAAAACUAGUGCUGUUGUGGCACAUGGCACUUUUGGAUCUAGUUUAGUUUGCUGCUUGAAAAUACACACACAGAAAUUGCGCCGACCCGAAAAACGCCGAAAUCCUCCAGAGGAAGAUGCGCGCGACAUGCGACAGCACCUCGCCGUUGUCGUCAUGAAUAAAGCGUGAGACUUAAGUAACAUUUGCAACCAUUCGUCGAGAGUCAGUAGUGUACUACAAGUGUGUGAACGUUCAUAAUUUGCUGGUGCACAAGUCAGGGGAAAAAAGUAAAUUACGACAAAACGGUGUUUGGUUUGGGGGGAAAAGGGGGCAAAAGGCGGACGCACGGACGGACGGAACAUGAUGGAGCUGCUACUGGUGCGUUUUUUGCGAGCAACGGCGGCAACGGUCCACUGCGGAUAGGAAGAAAAUUAUGACUAAGCGGGCAAGCGCGAGUGCGCAUUUUUAUUAAAUGGAUCGAGUUUGGAGAAUCAAUUAAGAAAUACUAAUAAAUACUGGAGCAUAAUGGCUUCUUCGUCGUCGUCGGUGAAUGAGAAAAUAGCCAACGGUAAAAUGAACGCGGAUGACAUCUACGAAAACCUACCGUGUCGGGAGCAACAGCAGCAGAUGCGGAACGGUGACACUGAUGAGGAAGGAGGAGGCAGUGCCAGUGGUGGAGGCGGGGUGGAUGACGAAUGCGCCUCCGGGGGAUUUUCGACUGACCAACCGGUAGUACAGCAGCCGGAAAAUAACAACAAGAUACAGAACAAUUUGGCCAUGGACAGCAAAGACAGUCUGUACGCGACUCCGUUGAAGAAAUCGGAUCGCCCGAAACCGCAAGGGGCGACCCCCAAAGCACCCACCGGCGGGGGUGAUCGACGAUCGACGCGUGCCCUCGACGAUAAUCUAAACAACAGCUCGGAUCGGGACGUGAAGAUUAUCAACGCCGAGUUGGAGGACCGCAGAAUACGAGACUUCCUCAAGGAUACGUCCCAAAUGCACAAAAAGAUCGAACUGCACAAAGAGUACCAGAGCUCGAACUUCUCCUACCUUGCUCGGAAGGAACAUUUUGUCAAUCUGGUACAGCAAAAUGUGCUGAGUGAAUCGUUGAAUGGGACUACCGGCGAAGAUGCCCACGAGGAGGAUAUUGACCACUCGUUGCUAGGGUACAAAAGCUUGGCGAAUGAGGAGGAGGAUAAGAACUUGGACGUGGACAUCAACGAAUCACUGGACGAGCUAGAAGCAAGGUGUAACGAAAAGCUAGAGAUGUUAACGAAUCUUCACCGGCAUCGGUCCGCAGAGAGAAGCCAGGAAGACAACGAACAACUAGACGUAGAUCUUCCACCGGUUUUGUUGAAUCCUCCUCUGAGUCAGAAACCUCCGGCGGGCAACAACCAGCUGGUCAAUGGCGGUGGAUCCACUCAAGCAAACGUCAACCGAAAUGCAAGAGUGUACGAUCCGAACCUUAGUUCGGAAAUCAACGCCUAUCUGAACCGAGAAUGGGUCCUCAAGAAGAUAGCCAUGUGCUUGGAGCAACGAGCUUCGAAGAAGCCGGUACCGAUACCACCGGGAGCAGAACCAGGAGAAUGUGUGCCACCGUCGACGUCUGGAUUCUUCCCGCGGGCAUCCUCUACCCAUCAACAAUCGAACCGCGGGUCGGAUCUACCUUCCCUGGGAUAUUUAGUCCUAGGAUCCAACGGUUCCGGCAAGACCUCGAUCUGUAACGACAUCAUCGAGGGCACUUCCGGCACCAAAGGGAUGCUCAACCGAAGAUUGCUGGCUUGUUACUUCGUAAAUUCCCAAAACCCCGAGUGUCACAGCCUGAGUAUGUUCAUCCGCAGUAUCAUCCUGCAAAUCUUGAGCCACUCAAGCUUUAUCUGUCUAGCUGGUGCAAACGCCAGCACAAACGUGACAGCAACUUCGAAUGAUCUCACGAGUGGUGAAGUUGAACCCCAGGCCAAGAUUAGCAGCAACGAAGCCUUGCCGGAGGCGGAUCAAAAACCUCCGGAAGGUGCAGCCAAAGCUGAGACAAAGGAUGUCGUCGCUGAGUUCGAUAAAGAGCUGGAGGACAUCAUCCUCACGGAGAUCAAAAUCAACGAACGGGUAGCGGAGUUCUGUUCGAAAAAGAAGAUCUGCCGACAGCAGUCGGAACCGGUGGAGAGCUUGAGCCGGGACAAAGAGUCAACCAACUAUCCGUACACUACCCAUCCCCCGCUGCAGAAGAGUCUACCUACCGAGGAAGAAAUGAAGAAGGACAAGUCGAUGAGUCCUGGUCGAUCGAAGAUUUCUAAGAUCCCGGUCGCCAUCGGUAGUAGUAUCCGAUCACCGACCAAAACCACCGUCCCGAAAGAGACACAAAAAUCCGAAGCGGAUGAGGACGAGAUCAUGGACGGAGGAGGUGAGGGAAUCGCCGACUUGUCCGACAUCAAACUGGACGAGGAAAUCAACGAAGAUGUCACCGCGGAAAUCAAAGAGCAAGAAGACGCUGAACCGGCGAAGCCGGAAGAACCACCAAGGCCUUCAGCCCCGGAGGAAACCAUCACCGCGGACGGUGCCAAUAACAUUCCGCCUCCAUUACCUAAGUCCAAAAACUGCCGGCAAGUCAUCGCCGACGGGUACUACGAAAUGCUGCUCAGCAAUCCGGACAUCUUCGAGUCCAUCACGGUCGACAGCAUCGAGAAGAAUCCGGACGACUGUUUCAAGAAAGCAAUCCUUUUCCCCCUGUUGGAACUAUGUCCUCCCAAAAAUGCGCUACUGCUGCUGAUCGAUUCCAUCGAUGAGAACUACAUCCAGGACGGGAACCUCAUUUCCACGCUCAAAGGUAAACAGGUCACCAAGAGUCGGAACAUUGCCGAACUCCUGUCGAACCACAUCCACCUGAUGCCCAAGUGGCUGUUCAUGGUUUGUACGGCCAAGAAGCAGAACAAAAACAUUACCAAACUGUUCACUGGCUUCAAACGGCUCACUCUGGACGACCUGCGCAAGAGUCACGUCGUCAAGGACGUCCAGCAGUACAUCAUCAAUAGACUGAAUACGGAUUUCCGUGGCAUCAAUCUGACCAAAGAUAUUAUCGAAAGCCUGAAUCAGCUCUACAUCAAAUCCAACGGUUGUCUCCUCUACCUGUACAAAGUCCUCACCGGGAUCAAGGAGAACUUCUUCACCUUCCGGGAGAUCAAACUCAUCCCGUGCACCCUGAAUGGGCUGUACCUGUACAUCUGCCAAAAGUCCUUCAACAAAAAGCAGUACAACAAAAUCCGACCGAUCCUGAACAUCCUCCUCGUGUGCAACAACUACGUCGACAAGUAUUUCCUCUUCAACUGUCUCCGAACCCACAACUACGCCCUCGAAAUGGAAGAAUUCGAAAAACGCCUAGAUCUCAUGCGAAACAUCGUCGAGUAUAGUCCUCGCAAUCCUUACGCGUUGAAAAUCUUCCACAAUUCCUUCUGCGACUGGCUCAUCGACGUCAAGUUCUCCACCAAAAAAUUCCUCUGCGACCUGAACGAAGGCCACGUCAUGGUCUCCAUGUACUACACCAUGGUUGCCGAUCAGCUCUGUCCGAACAAACUUCGCCUCUACCUGUACCAUCUGAUCAAAACCGGCGAAUACCUAACCAACAAAAACAUCAACCUCGAUCUCCUGCUGAUCCUGCUGGAAACGAAAUCCAACCUGAGCGACUGCUUCUACACCAACCUGCUGAACUGCUGUGCCCUCUGUGAGGACGAAUGCAAGAACGACGUCAAUCUGGCCUCGAAAACCCGCCUCAUGCUCGAACGCUACCUGAACGCUGAACUGAACGAAGAGUUCAUCGGUUUCCUGAACGAUUUCUUCAAACCGAACUUACCGACGGAUUGCAAAGUGCUCAAGCUGCUCAUCGAAACCGGAAUCAACAACGCCGAUACGGUCCUGUCGUGCGAAUCGUCUGCCAUGAACUCCCCGGUACUGUCGGAUCGCUCGCAGAACAUCGAUUCCGAGCUGGCCGAGCUGUUGAUCUCGAGCGAGAAGAGUUGCCAGCAGGAGCUGCAGAAGUCGAUCAACCUGAACUUGCAGCAACAACAGCAGUAUUCGGGUGCGGAAAUGGGUGGUUUGGCAGCCGGCGGGGGUCCCCUCGGAAUCAUUGGCAUCGGGGUGGACCGUUACGAUGGGGUUGCGGUUGGCGUCGGCGGUCACCAUGAAGUGGCGAUGGAACGGUGCGAGAGUGGCGUCGGUGGCGGCGAGGGAAGUGGGAUUGGGGACUCCAAGUCGGACAUCCAGAACGACCGGGUGCAGUACGAUAUGUUCGACGCGGAGCUGCACAAGGGCAAGGCGUUGAUUCACAUACUGGCGAACGAGGGGAACCACACGCUGCUGGAGCGGGCGCUGAAUGCUUGCAAGGAUCCGAUCGACUUGGAAAUCGAAGACCUCAACGGGCAAACGGCGCUGAACAUUGCCGCCCGCAACGGUCACAUCGAAAUCGUCAAGCUGCUGCUGUACUACAAGCAGCCGCUGAACGACGGCACCGGACGGUUCCGCAAGAUCGACGUCAACCACGCGGACCGGGACGGGUGGACACCGCUCCGGUCGGCUUCCUGGGGAGGCCACACGGAUGUGGUGAAACUGCUGAUCGAAAGCGGUGCCUGUGCCAUAGACCGCGCGGAUAAGGAAGGCCGAACGGCACUGCGGGCGGCUGCCUGGAGUGGAAACGAGGACAUCGUCAAGAUUCUGAUCGAAGCCGGAGCGAACGUGAACUCGAUCGAUAAGCAGGGUCGGACCUCGCUGAUUGCGGCUUCCUACAUGGGACACUACGAUAUCGUGGAGAUCUUGUUGGAGAACGGAGCGGAUGUGAACCAUACGGAUUUGGACGGAAGGAAUGCCCUCUGUGUGGCGGCUUUGUGCGGAAGUUCCGGGUACAGCAAGGUGAUCUCGACGCUGCUGGAGUACGGAGCGAAUACGGAUCAGACGGAUAACGAGGGGAUGUCUCCGUUGUUGGUGAGUUCGUUCGAAGGCAAUUCGGAGAUUUGUGAGUUGCUGCUGGAGAAUGGAGCAGAUCCGGAUAUGGCGGAUCAUAUGGGUAGAACGCCACUGUGGGCGGCUUGUACUUCGGGGCACGCUAACGUUGUGAAGCUGUUGCUAUUCUGGGGCUGUGGAAUCGACUGUAUGGACUCGGAAGGCCGUACGGUUCUUAGCGUGGCAGCAGCACAGGGUAAUCUGGAAACGGUAAGGCAGCUAUUGGAUCGGGGACUGGACGAGACACAUCGGGACAAUGCUGGCUGGACACCGUUACACUACGCGGCUUUCGAAGGAUACGCGGACAUUUGUAUUCAACUGUUGGAAUCGGGAGCCAAGAUCGACGAAUGUGACAACGAAGGUAAGGCAGCUUUGCACCUGGCGGCUCAGGAAGGACACAACUCCGUGCUGGAGGCAAUACUGAACAUUCAUCGGCCUUGUAUCGAUCAACGAGCUCACGACGGAAAGACGGCCUUCCGGUUGGCUUGCCUGGAGGGGCACUUCGAGUGCGUUCAGACGUUGUUAAAGUUUGGAUGCGAUGUCAACUCCAAGGAUGCCGACUCCCGCACGACGCUGUACAUUCUGGCGCUAGAGAAUAAGCUAAAGGUGGUGAAGUUCCUUCUGGAGUACUCGAACGUAGACGUUAACAUUCCGGACAGCGAAGGGCGGACGGCGCUGCACGUGGCAUCGUGGCAAGGCCAUGCCGAGAUGGUGAAAUUGUUGAUCACGUUAGGUAACGCCGACGUCAACGCAAUGGAUCUCGAAUCGCGAACACCGCUGCAUUCCUGCGCUUGGCAGGGCAAUCAUGAGGUGAUGCAGCUGCUGCUGUACUACGGAGCCAUUCCGGAUCAUGCCUGCAAGCAGGGUGCCACCGCACUGGGCAUCUCCGCCCAGGAAGGACACGAGAAGUGUGUCACCUAUUUGCUCAAAUACGGCGCGAAUCCUUACAAAUCGGACCACUGCGGUCGAACGCCAAUAAAGCUGGCAGCGAAAUCGAAUCGAAACAACGUUCUUAGGAUACUGGAGAAUUAUACCAAAAACGACCUCGACGGCGGCAAGAUGGGGCAGCAGCACCAGAGUUUGAACUUCAAAUCGCCGGAUGAGCUGCCACCGUCGUCCUCGAUACACAACCCGUCGCCUUCGGGUCCCUUCCCGAAUCCGAACCUGCUGAUACCGAGCAACAGUAACAGCAACAACAAUAAUAAUAACAACAACAACAACAACAACUCGCCGUCCCUGAAUGCAACGACGAGCUCGACGCAGAAUAGUAACUUCUACGAAAAUACGAUGCAUUCGGACAACAGUAGCCUGCACAAGCGAAAAAGUGUCAUCUCUAGUCAGUCGACCGGUAGCAGUAACGAGCAAGCGCCAAUGUCUUUCACGCAGCAGCUGCAGAAACACUCCCGGCAUCACAAUUCCAAAUCGCACCACAUUGUACAGCAGCAGCACCAGCCGCACCAUCAGGUUUCCGCUGGCGGCACAAACAGCAAGUACGGUGGCAAGAAACAUUCCCAGAUUCUGCCAAACGUAGAAGAGUACCAGACGAAUAUUGCUUCAAACAUUCGAAUGAAUCACCCGACCGAUGCGGACAUGUUCGACCUGGGCUGCAUGUCGCCGCUUUACGCGACUCCGCCGCACUCGCCGAGCAGUGACAUCAGCUCGCCCGGUCAGAACCAACCGCCCUCGUCGUUGGCCCUGCUCGGCAAGCAGUUCGAAGAGAUGAACAUCAGUCUGUCGAACAACAGCACCAUCAUGCACCCGCCGGACAACCAUUUCGCGCGGGACACCCACAUGCGCAUCAUCCUGGGCAACAAUCAGAAGGAACAGCAGCAGGGAGGGAAAUCAUCGAAACGCAGCGGCAUUGCAACGAAUCCGGCCAUGCGGUUGAUCCGCAACCGGAUCGAUUCGGCGGCGCAGUUGAUCCGGCGGACGAACAACAUCCUGACCAGCGGCGGAAGCAACCAGGGUUCGUCCAGCAUUGGCGUCAAGUCCGGUACGUUCCAGUGGCGGAAGGAGAGCCAGAUGUAAUAAGGCCGACAACAGGGAGUAUCCUUUCGAAAUCUUUCCAAAAUCAACUGCCUAGGAAGCCCCUAGGUAAUUGCCAUGUGCACUGUUAUUUUCGGAGGGCGCGCGCGUGAAAAGUAUUAACAAAGUGAACACAUUUUGCACCAAACAAAAGUUGCGCUAGUUCGCGUGGAAAAGAUGUGCCGUGUAUUCUUCUUUGGUUUUCGGUAGUGUUUGGUAGGAACUGUGCAGUGCAGAGUCCGCCGCUCGCGAUGAGAUAGCAUAUAGGCUUACAGAACGUAUUCAGAAACAUACCAAACUUACUAAAAUGCUAAACAUGUUGGUAGGUAACUGCAAAAUUGUUAGGAUGAGAAUCAAUGCACCAAACUGUUGUGAAGCGCACUUCUUUUACUCUGUAGGAAGAGUAGGAAUAGGUUAAUAUCAGUCAACCAAUCAAAUACUCCCUGUUAGUGGUUAGUGCAAUGAUGGGGUCUCUGAGGAUGGUAGAUGGCGCAGUUAGCAAAUUCAUGUUUUAGUUUCCUUGUGUUAGUGCCAUUUUGAGUUUAAUUUUCGUUGAGUUUUCGAACAUUGUGAUGACUGAUUUGAAAGUGUGUUCAUAAGUGUUAUUAAGAGCCAUAUAAAAAUCUCAAACUGUCAAACUUGUUGGUUUCAAAAUUGUUUCCUCGAGUGUUCGCUACGAGAUGGCACCAUGAUUGUCUGCCGUCAAAAAUUUUGAGUUUAUUCAGCUACUCAGUUACUGAUCUGAACAUAAUUAUUUUCGUUUCGCGCCAUGUACGAAAUCUACCGCAACGAUUCCGAACCUCAUACUAAUAGAACUACCGAUCGACUGAUCAGAUUAUUGGAGCGGGCCUAAACUGGUGAUCCCGAAAGGGUGGAACACUCAUCCGGAGAAUAUAGAUAUAUGUACUACUCCCAGUUACUUCUGCAGCAAAGGUUCUAUUUUUAUCCAAACCAAACAGAAAACUAUUACGCUCCCUUCUCCAAAACCAAUCUUAUAACCGCACGUAUAAAGUGCAGUUACAUGAAUGCAUGAAAAUCUAAUCUUAUUCAGUAAUAAACAUAUUUACCGAUCAAAAUUUAAAACAAAAGCAUGUAAGUACAUCAAAAUUAAUACAGUCUAACACAUCCCUAAAAGAAACUAAAAACAAAAAGUAUUUGAAGCAAAAAUAUGAAGCAUAUAAGCUUAUCACAUUUUACGGAGCAGAAACCUAAAAAAACAACAAUGAACAAAAGCAAAAGCAUUUAAUUUUAGAUAUAUAAAAAAUAAUAUAUAUAUAAUGAAUGCAAGAACUCCACUCCCACUUGAAAUAAGUUGCGUAUUUGAAACAAACACACAAACCAAGAAAGAAGGAGAGAGAGAGAGAGAGUGAAACAUUUGAGAAAGAGUUAGGUUUGCCAAUUCUAGUCCCCGUGUUUUUUUUUUGUUCGUUUACUUUAUAGGUUUAUGGAAUUUUUGUUUUUGUAAAAAGCAAUUCUCUUUUCUCUCAUUUGGGUGUCCUCCUCUCCACAAAGAACGUGUGUAUGAUAAAUGAACUAAAUUAAUCUCCGUAGGAAGUAGUUUUUUUCUUUAGUGCCAGUGGGAAAACGCUCGCCCUAUUUAUACGGUCCGAUAUAGCAUUAUUUAUUUCCAACGAUAGAAUAUUACAAUAUUAUUAUUUUUUUUAGUUAAGCGAGUCGAACUGAAAGAGAAAGGGUGUCAAUCAAGUAAAACUGUGUAUUUAUUAAACGGUAUUUGUACAAUUAUUAUUUUGAUAAUGCAAUUUUUUCGCCUUCGACCCACUUUACGUUGAUUGAGAUAAUCACACGUUUUCACCACGCAUUACCCAAACUCGAACGUACUUUCUGGUGGUGGUGAUCGUCAAGAGCAACCACUGCAGCAAAAUAAAAGCAAACCAUGGACAAAAUUAUAGUAGA